AUGUUUAGAAAAUUUAUGAAUAUAAUUACUAUUCCUUUAAUAAGAUAUAAGAAACCUAUAUUAGGUGCCAGCUUUAUUAGUUUAACAACGUUCUAUUGCAUUGAAGAUAAAAAUAUAUUAGAAGCAAGGAAAAAAAUAGAAUAAGACAUUUUAAAGAUGAAAUCUUAAUUUGGAUCUGAAGUUGAUAUAUAUCCAGAAGUUAAGUAAUAAAAUAUUUUUAAUGUAUAUAUAGAUAUGGAAUGAAAGGAAAUAGAUAUUCUAUCACAUUUACAGCAGAUUAAAGAAAGUGUGACAUAUUUGCACUAUUAGUUAACAUAUUAAGUUAACUAUAAAAAUAGGAUGGUAGUUUUAAAAUAAAAGAAGUUAUCUCAACAUUUGAAAAUUAAACAUACAGUUUACAAAUAGAUUUUGAGGAAAGUGUAGGAAAUCCAAAUAAUAAAAUAUUAACUUAAGGAACAAUCUAUAUUUAUGGUGAAAUGACAAAUGAAAAACCCUCAAUUUAAAUAAUAUUAGAAAAGACAGAUUAAUUUUCAAAUGUAGAUUUAGAAGCAUUUAUGGCUUGUUAUGUAGAAGCAAAUAAACCUAGAUUUUUAUCUCAUUCUAAAACUAUUAAAAAUAAUCAAUAAGUCUAAACAGAAAUGAAAUAAUAAUAGGAUAUGAACUCUGAAAAAUCAUUAUAAGAAUUAGAGAAGGCUGGUGUAACUAUAUUUAUGCCUGAAAAUAAAGAGAGAAAUUUAGAUUGGAAUUAUUUAGCUGGUUAUGAAAAGUAAAAAAGAGAUAUUGAAGAUACAGUCUUAUUGGCAUUAUAAUAUCCAGAAAUUUAUGAAUCUCUAACAGCCUUAACUAGAGUAAAAAAUGAACCCAAUAGACCAAAAGCUAUAUUAUUUGAAGGUCCUCCAGGAACAGGUAAAACAACAACAGCAAGAAUUAUGGCUUAAUAAGUUUAAAUACCUUUGGUUUAUUUACCAAUAGAAAGUUUUAUGUCAAAAUGGUAUGGAGAGAGUGAAAGACAAUUUGCAGAUAUUUGGAAGAGUUGUUAAAAAUUAGGAAGAGUGAUAAUUUUUAUUGAUGAAAUAGAUGCUAUAGCAUAAUAAAGAGGAGGAGAAAUGCAUGAAGUAUCAAGAAGAAUAUUAUCUACUCUUUUGAGAAAGAUUGAUUCAUUUGAAAGCAAUACAAAUGUACUAUUGAUAUGUGCAACCAAUAGAAAAUAAGAUCUAGAUGCUGCUAUGUUAAGUAGAAUAGAUUUAUCUGUUAAAUUUGAUUUGCCCGAUUAAAAAGCAAGAUAAGAUAUCUUUUAAAGAUAUGCCAAACAUCUUACUGAUAAAGAGAGAGAUAUACUUAGUUAAUUAAGUAAUGGGAUGAGUGGAAGAAAUAUAUCAGAUAUAUGUAAAGAUGCUGAAAGAAGAUGGGCAGCAAAAUUAAUAAGAAAAGAAGUUACUGAGUAAUUACCAUCAUUGGCAUAAUAUAAAGAGACUUUAACUUAAAGAUUAAAUAACUUUGCUUGA